AACCUGCACUCUAUAAGAUGUGACUGGGCGCGCGCGAGAGUUCCCACUUUUGAUUUCUGUAGUUUGGCGCAUAGACUCGGCUGUACGAUUGUUGUGAGAGCCGUACCGGAUCAUGGCUGGAGGAAAAGCUGGAAAAGACACUGGAAAAGCCAAGGCGACCUCUAUCACCCGCUCAUCCAGAGCUGGAUUACAGUUUCCAGUGGGUCGUAUCCAUCGACUUCUGAAGAACAGGACUACAAGUCAUGGGCGUGUGGGAGGCACAGCUGCUGUGUAUACAGCUGCCAUCUUGGAAUAUCUUACUGCAGAGGUUCUUGAGUUAGCGGGAAAUGCUUCCAAAGAUCUUAAGGUGAAGCGUAUCACUCCACGUCACUUGCAACUGGCCAUCAGAGGAGAUGAAGAGUUGGAUGCCCUUAUAAAAGCAACUAUUGCUGGUGGAGGUGUCAUUCCACAUAUUCACAAGUCCCUUAUUGGAAAGAAAGGUCAGCAGAAGACUGUUUAGUUCACAAGAACCCACUUGAAGCUUGGUCAUGGACAUCUUCUUUUUUGAGCAACUUACUUUGCUGACACAACUGAGUUGUUUAUGCAACCAAGCAACAGGACUGGAAUCUAAAUUUUAAGCUCCUUGGCUUCAAAGAAGCAAAAUCUACAAUGGCUCAGUUGGGGGAGGGGUGUUCUGUGGCUUUUAAUAUUUUUUAUAUAUUUUGAAGCAUUUUUUUGUAUAGAUUCAAUGAAAGUAACUAUGCGGGUAUCUCCUUGUUUUCCUCAAUAAAUGUGUAACCUAAA